AUGUCAUCAUCAGACACUGACACAGACUUUUCCACAACGUCCAGCUCACAGAGCUCAGAGACCUCGGGGUUCACCUACUCCCCUUACACGGACUUUGAGCCGGCGCCGCUUGAAAAGACGAGCUACAAGUACACCAGCUCGUUGAAACGGCGGCUCCGACUCAUCGAAGAGUGGGAGGCCUGCAAGCGCGCCCUCUGCGAGGAGCGCAAAAACAAAGGGCCUUUCAAGAUCAAGCCCCGAAAGAAGGCCAAGAUCGUGUCCAACGUGACCGAUACCGUGAAGGACGAGGAAUACAUUCUACCCGAUCCAGCCACCCUAGAGCGGCUCAUGAUGAAGCCCUCCAACGGUAAGGCAUGCGCAGACAACGAGCGCGAGGAGGGGACUCGCGAGCUUCGCCGUCUCAUUCGGCGCUCUGAGCUAGAGAAGGCCGGUCUGAUGCUGGGCCCUGGCAAUGACCUCAAAGUCAACGUGUACGUUGAAUUUGAGAAGAGCAAUUGCAGGAACUUGAAUGACACGCAUGAGCUGCUGUACAGCGCAUGGACUGCACUGAUCUGGCGCAGCCAGAGACGUGAGUACGCAAACCCCCAGGGCGAGGUGCCCCAGGGUAUGGUCAGACUCGGCCUGACGGUUGAGACGGAGUCGACACAUCCCGAGGAUGUGUAUAAAGACGCCAUCGAGGCUACUCAGCACCUGUAUAGGACCCGCGAUUACACAGCCAUGCAGUACCCAAUUGGGUAUGGAAAUGUCACUCUGAACCUGGUUCAUUAUGGACUCGCUGCGAAUGGCGCAAAGCCGUCAUCCGUGGGAGUCGGGAUCCUCUUGCACGAACUCUAG